AUGUCGACCAAGCGCAUCACCAAGGAAUUCGCCGAAGCAUCCCAAUCCCCUCCCCCCAACUUCUCCAUCUCCCUCCCCCCCUCGCAAUCCCUCCACACCUGGCACGUCGUCCUCUCCCCUCCCGCCCCCUCGCCCUACCACCCGGGCCGCUUCGCCCUCCUCCUCACCCUCCCCGCCGACUACCCCUUCAAGCCCCCGCAGCUCCGCUUCGCCACCCGCAUCUACCACCCCAACGUCACGAAUGACUCCCUCGGCAACAUCUGCCUCGCCGUCCUCAAGCCCGACCAGUGGAAGCCCUCCACCAAGAUCGCCGCCGUCCUCGACGCCGUCCGCAACCUCCUCGUCGAGCCCCAGCCCGAUGACCCCCUCGAGGACCGCAUCGCCGACGAGUUCCGCAACGAUAGGGAGGCGUUUGAGAAGAACGCCAGGCUGCAUACCCAAAAGUACGCCAUGGGCGAGCCCACGUUUCCGCCUGCGCCGUGA